AUGGAGGAGGAAUCAAACGUGGAAGAUGAAACGAUACCGUACACCGAGGAAGCUACCAUUACAACGAAUGCAGUUGACACAGAUGGGACAAAAGUUAAAGAAAAAAGAUUAAUGAAAGGGCGAAAAUUUCAAAUGGAAGAAUGUAUGGAAGAUAAAUGGACCUGCGAAGAGGAAGCAUUAUGGCGUGCCGGUAGAAAGGAUUUGUACGAAGGAAAAUCAUUUUCGGAAUUGAAAAGUGAAAAAUGGCCUAACAUGUGGCCCUGCGAUAAACGUGAUUUCUUCAAGGAAAUUGAAGAACGUGAAGAAUCGGAGGAAAGGAAAAGGAAGGAUAUAUUUCCUUGCGAUAGCCCAACGAUGAGCAAUGAACGUAUAUUGUCGCGUCAAUUGAAGGAAGAUUUUGCUGGUAGAAAAGAAUUGGGACACGCUAGGAUACCACCUAUUUGUCCUAAAAUUACAAAAGCAUUUAUGGUUGAUCGAGAUGCCGGUGAAAGGCCCGGUCUUGUAGACGGCGAUUACGUUAUAUUCGAGUUUUACUCGAAGAAAAAAGGUCCCAGAGCGUAUGCCGAUGUCUGUCUUCAUGGAUUGAAGGGAAUGCAUCUGAUCGAAUUGGGUUCCCUUAGAAAUCGUGAAAAAACAUGGAAAUUUUGUUUUUACCAAGCGAUCGUUGCUCUACUUGCGAAAACGCAAUUGAGAUAUAAGUACGCAUGGAGCGUGAACAUCGAUUAUAUUUACGACCACGCCUGGAUGCUCUUCACUCAUAUCGGUUCCAUCAAUAUCAAGGACAAACAAAGAUUGGACGAUAUCGUAGUAUAUAAUUACAAGUAUAGCGUUGAAGUCGAAUUGAUUCAAGAAAUGAAGGAUAUAAAAAGGAUAACUACGGUUGAUAAGGAAUACGAAGAACAAAAUUUACGAAGGAAACAAACGUUGAAUAGAAAGGAAUUAAUGAACGUUAAAUUGGAACUCGGUUCGGAAAAAUUAAUCGAUGGAUAUAAACAGCCUGUUCACAAGGAAACGAAACAUAUUGAGGAAUGGUUCGACAAAUUGUCAGUAGAAUAUCGUAAUUGUAUAUUUCGUACAACAAAAUUCUCAUUGGCAUUUUGGCAGGAUGGUAGUUUUUGGUAUUUGUACAAUCCUUAUCGAUGCGACGAGUUUGGUUAUUGGAACGACGAUGGUUACGCCUGUAUCAUGAAGUUUUGUACUAGAAAAUCGUUGAAAAGACAUUUGAUGAUUUUAUUGCUUCGAGCGUAUGUUUAUGAUGUUCCGGAAUCAAAGAUACCAGUUGCUGCUUACAUAGAUCCGACUCAAUCGAGUCAGGAGAAAGAACAAGAGGAAAUUGAGGAAGAGGAGGAAGAGGAAGAAGAGGAAGAAGAAGAAAAAGAAGAAGAAAAAAUACAAGAAGAAAUAAUAGAAACAGUUAUGGAAACAGUUGAGGAAGAAGGACAAGAGAAAGCAAUAGAAAUAGUCGAUGAAAAAAUACAAGAAAUGCAACAAGAAGAAGAAGGACAAGAGAGAGCAAUAGAAAUAGUCGAUGAAAAAAUACAAGAAACGCAACAAGAAGAAGAAGGACAAGAGAAAGCAAUAGAAAUAGUCGAUGAAAAAAUACAAGAAACAUAUUCAAUAUGA